CUGCCCCCCAGCGCCACCCUGGGCACGCACAUGAUGGCCGGGGCGGUGGCCGGCAUCCUGGAGCACACGGUCAUGUACCCCGUGGACUCCGUCAAGUUUAGCAGCCCUUCUCCUGCGUUCUGUUACUUGGAGAUGACUGCACCACCUUCCUAGAUGAACAGACCCGGAUGCAGAGUUUGCAGCCCGACCCCAAAGCCCAGUACAGAAGUGUGUUUGAGGCCCUGAAGAAGAUGAUCCAGACGGAAGGCUUCUGGAGACCCUUGCGAGGGAUCAACGUGACUGUGGUGGGAGCCGGCCCAGCGCAUGCCCUGUACUUUGCCUGCUAUGAGAAAAUGAAACGGAGUUUCAGUGACAUUAUUCGCCACGGAGGGAACAGCCACCUGGCCAACGGAAUGGCUGGGAGCUUAGCUACCCUACUCCAUGAUGGUGUUAUGAAUCCAGCUGAAGUGGUGAAGCAGCGCAUGCAGAUGUACAACUCUCCGUACAAGACGGUCCUGGAGUGCAUCCGGACGGUGCAUCGGACGGAGGGGAUGGGUGCCUUCUACCGGAGCUACAGCACCCAGCUCACCAUGAACAUCCCCUUCCAAGCCAUUCACUUCAUGACCUAUGAGUUCAUGCAGGAGCAGAUCAACCCCUGCCGACAGUACAAUCCAAGUACGCACAUCAUAUCGGGGGCUGUGGCUGGGGCUGUGGCGGCUGCCGCCACGACACCCCUGGACGUCUGCAAGACUCUCCUCAACACGCAAGAGAACAUGGUGUUGAGUUCUGUGAACGUUAGCGGACAUCUCUCUGGAAUGGCCAAUGCCUUUAGGACAGUGUACCAGCUGGGGGGCAUCGCUGGGUAUUUUAAGGGGGUCCAGGCAAGAGUGAUAUACCAGAUGCCUUCAACUGCCAUUUCCUGGUCUGUGUAUGAAUUCUUCAAAUAUGCACUUACAAAGCGUGAACUGGAGAAAGGGACGCCGUGCUGACAUGUCCUGGUGCUGCAGCUGCAACCCAGAACCUCUGAGACGGCAGAGUCCCUUUGUGGGGGUGCUGGAAUUCUCCAGGGCUCUUUAUGUGACUGUGUAAAGGUUUCUGGUAGAUUCACCCCUGGGGACUGCUGUGUGUGUGUGUGUGUGUGUGUGUGUGUGUGUGUGUGUGUGUGUUUUCUUAGAUGCCAGAGAAAUUGAUUCUGUACCUUCCCCCCUGCUUUUGUUAAACCAUAUUGUGCAAGGAUUGUUUGGCUUGAACAAGUAUUUAUAGUUUUAUUUGGAGUUUAUAACUGUGACCAGUUUGUACAGGGUUCUACAAGGCUUGAAAUGCUUUUGAGGGCUGCCCCUGGGGGCAAGGGGCAAAGAGAGUUCUUGUGGAUUGGACUUUCCCCUCUUUGAAAAUGUAAAAGAUUGAGCCUUUUAGCUGAACAAAGUUCUAUAUAGAGAAAUUAUGCGAUAUAAAUUGAUGGAUAAUGUUUAUCCUUUUAUUUUUCUAUAUCACUGAGUUGGGUGGCUUUUAAGAGUUUUAACAGUUGAACAAGAGUUCUUUUUGUGUGUGUGUCAGAAGAGGCUUCUGCACUAUUUUGAAAAAUUGUGAAUAGCAUUAUCCCCACCCCUCCUAAACCAGAAUGGCUUUAAUCAUCACUUGUUGUACAGUGUCAUAGUGGUAAAGAAUUAUCAAUCCUUAAACAGCUCCUUAAAUUCUUCUGAAACUGGAUACUCAAAGAGGCGUAGGACUUUGAAAUCUUAAGAAACUGCCUUAUGUGAGUCAUUUCCCUUUUAAUGUAUUGGGAUCGGUAGGCACUUCUGGAAACUUCAACCAGUUUUGACUUAUACCGAGUAGAAGACCAAGAGUACGUAGUUUUGCAUAAAACUAUGUUUUAGCAAACCCUUAAAUGCCUCUGAUGGUACUUUAAAACCAAAUUGCAUCUCAGUUUCUGAACAGGUGUUGUGUGACUUUCCCCCACUAAGACCCCUGUGCCUGUCCGAGACUUUUUGCAGCUGUGUGUGUGUGUGUGUGUGUGUUUUUGCAAAUUUCACUCCUGCAAGUGUGCUGAGGGGUGGGGCAUCAGUUUACAUUUCCUUAGGAAAACUUGCCUUGAAUCACUUCUUAGUUUUUGUUGUU